CGACGAGAGGCUCCCCCAGGGCCUGCAGCGACGUUGGGCUCGCGGGGCGGGGGGUGGGGCAGACACCGAACCGGCCGCUCGUUUGCUUUCUGAGUGGGGGGAGGGGAGCGUAUAAAGCGGCUGCGGCCUAGUCCUGAGACCGACCCUGGGGGCUUUAGGGGAAAUCAUCUGCACUGAGGAAUUUCCGGCAAUGCCAGAGACGUGCUGUGAGAUGUAAGGGUUCUAUGUAAUGGCUAAGCGUGGUGGGUUAAAAAGCAUUUUUCCUGCGUUUUUCCAGGAGAAUGGACAGUAAGUUGUUCAUUUCCAACGGUCACUUUAUUGCAGAGCUGCCUACAACUUGAGUUUCUGUACCUGUGUUAAACACGACAUUCCGGAAUUAUUUGUACAAGCUCUUCUAAAAGGAUUUGUGGAGCUUUCAGCAAAAGCGAGCCAGUAGCAGAUACGCACAAUAUUGAACAAGCAUAGAGAUAACUGUUUGGACACACCACCUGAAUAUGAUGUUUUUUAAUAUGCUUCUGAGAAACAUUGUGAGACAUUCUGUUUUUCCGGUUGCUAUGCAGAAGGGGACAAAAAAAGACUUGUUUUUAACAACUCCUCAGAAGCCUUUUCCAUGUAGAACACUGAUUUUAUCUCCUACCCCAAAGAAGCAGUUUUCAUCCAACCCCACUGAGAAGCUAGAUUUGGAUGGGUGGAAAAAUGUCAUGAAAUCUGGAAUGCAAGAGGAAGUUAGUGAGACAUCUGAGAGUGAGAAGGAUUCCACUUUAGCUGCUACAAGGGAACUUGUGGAGAUGUGGAGGCUAGCUGGAGUAUUUGUUCCAGAAAAUAUCAGUGAAGAGGAGUUAAAGACCCUUAUGGAAUGUUCCACUAAAUCAUCCAAAAAGAAGUAUUUAAAAUUCUUAGCUUGCAAAGAAAAACUGAAGAAAGCUAGUAAAGCAAAGCAGGAAAAGCGAAGGGAAGCAAAGAUGGAAAGGCUGGAAAAGGCUAAAGAAAAUGGUACUAGUGAGAUGAAGAAUACUUUCUUAUUGAAGUUUUGGUCCAGGAGUUUUGAUAAGGUAUAUAACUGGAGGACUGCUCAGGCUAUGAUCUUUGGCCAGCCUUUAGUAUUUGAUAUGGCUUAUGAAAAUUAUAUGUCACGUAGAGAAAUGGAGAACACAGUAAAUCAGCUAAUGGAGACUGAAGGGUGGAAUCGAAGAGCUGUAGAUCCAUUCCAUUUACAUUACUGUAAUCUCAAAGUAGACAGCCCGUAUCAUAAAGAAUUUGUCAAGAGGUAUGGAGAGGCAUGGGACAAUCUACUUGUGACUGUUACAGAACAGUCCCACACAGAUGUCUUUCCAAGAGACAAGCUCAUCUACUUAACUGCUGACUCUCCUAAUGUAAUGAAGACAUUUGAACAUGAUAAAAUUUAUAUAGUUGGAUCAAUGGUUGACAGGAGUAUACAGACUGGACUCUCUCUUGCCCAUGCAAAACGCUUGAAAUUAACAACUCAACGUCUUCCACUCGAGAGGUACUUGCAGUGGGAAAUGGGUGCCAAAAAUCUCACAAUAGAUCAAAUGAUUCGUAUUUUAUUAACUUUGAAAGACACUGGAGAUUGGAUGGAGGCUCUGAAAUUUGUUCCAAAAAGAAAAUACAAAGCUUUUUCAGAUGAAUCUGUAUAUUCAAAGUAUAAAACUAACACACAGAGUAGAACAAAGAUUUUUGAAUUUAACGGUAGUCAGGAAAGGGUAAAGAAUCCCUUUGCAUCCUCCAGGAAUUCUCUGCAAAGGCAGAAAAAAUUGGUGGGUAACUGAAGAAUCUUAAGGGAAAAUUAUGCUGCUAAUAGACUGAAGCUUCCAUUGACUUAAGUGCAAAUUAGAUGUGUAACUGAAGAGCAGAAGAGUAACUAGAAAGAACUGCUACCUGAUAAAAGCUUUUGAUGACCUUGGUAUUGUAGCUAUUUAAACAGAGGCUUAAAAAGACUGAGGGGGGAAGUGGAAAUCCAUGUAAGGAAAAUCUAUGAUACUUAAAUCUACAAAUUGCACCAUCAGAAAGUGUAAUUAAAUUUAAUACUGUGGUGGUGGAUACAACUUAUUUUAAAGCCUUACUUGUUCAACACCAAA